UGCAUUUCCCUUCCUUAGGCAAGGGCUGGCGGGACAUGUCCCUCCCCCUUGUUCAGAAAGCAGUUGCUGUUAGUGGAGGUGGGGGUUUGCAUGUCCCUCCCCCCUCAUCAAUCCAGGAGGAGUCAGAGUGGCUGUGGUGGUCCGGGAAACAGCUGCAUAUCCAGGAUCGCCCUCUCCCUGAAAAGUGUGGUAUUCUUGCAUCGACUGAGUCCAUAGGAAAGUGUUUGCCAGGAGCUGUUACUCUGCAGAAAUGCUGUGUGUGCAGAUCCAACUCCUGGUUUGUUCCAUGCUGCUAGUUUGCUGCAGUUUGGCUGAAGACGAUGCAGCUUUGAGUCAAGACCAAGUGCCCUACUUUUUGAACAAAGGGAUGUUUAUCAUCCAAAGUGAACAUCUCAACCUGUGCAUUAAAGCAGAUGCAUUUAGACUUGUUCUUGAAGACUGCAAUCAACUUUCCAAAUAUAUGUUGUGGAAAUGGGUAUCGAAACGUCAUCUUUUCAACAUAGGCAGAAGCACUUGUCUAGGACUGAACAUCAGUAAUGAAGAGCAACCAUUAAGCCUGUUAGAAUGUGAUUCUGCUCAGCAUUCAUUAUGGUGGAACUGUAAGGGAAAGCUGUUGGUUGGUGCAUCACAAUACAAACUAGCAGCUGAAAAUGGCAAACACGUUGUGGCAAAAAGAAUCACUAAUCACGAGUGGAAGCAGUACAUGUCCUAUGAUGAAGAUCUUUGUGAACGUCCAUUUCAAGAAACAUAUACCCUGCUGGGAAAUUCUCUUGGUCUCCCUUGUAUUUUUCCAUUUAAAUAUAAGAACAAAUGGUACUACGAAUGCACCAGAGAGAGCAGGGAAUUUUACUGGUGUGCCACAACAAGUCAGUAUGAACAAGAUGAAAAAUGGGGCUUUUGCCCAAAUGCUGAGCCUGGUAGUGAUAUUUUUUGGGAGAAGAACCCUGACACCCAAAUUUGCUACCAGUUCAAUCUUUUUUCUAUUCUUUCUUGGAAUGAGGCACGUGUUGCCUGUCAGACACAAGGAGGAGAUUUGCUGAGUAUCACAGACAUGGCAGAACAGAAGUAUAUAAGUGAGAAGUUAAGCACUAAAGAAAUUCUGCUAUGGACAGGGCUAAAUAGACUGGAUGAAUCUUCUGGCUGGCAGUGGUCUGAUGGAGCACCAUUGGCAUUUGUGAACUGGAGAUCAAGUCUCACCAAUAGCGCACUUGGAGAAAAUCACUGUGUGGUGUUUAAUUCAAAGGAGCAGUAUGACUGGCAAAGUUAUAAAUGUGAAUCUGGAUUGCCUUAUGUAUGCAAAAAAUAUGGAAAUAGUACAGAAUAUGAAACAUUUGAUAUAUGGAAGUAUCAUCCUACCCGCUGUAACACUGGCUGGUAUCCCUACAACUGCAACUGCUACAAACUUCAUAAAGAGGAAAAGAGCUGGAAUGAGGCUUUACUCUCUUGCAAGACUGAUAAUAGCAAUCUCAUUAGUAUAACUUCCUUGGCAGAUGUGGAGUUAUUUAUUAACCUUCUUGAAGAUGAAAAUGUAACCGAAACAUGGAUUGGCUUGAACAGUAAUAAAACCCCAGUUAUUUUUCAAUGGUCUGAUGGCUCCUCAGUAACCUUCACUAACUGGCACAAACAAGAGCCUAAUAUCUUUCAGAGAACAAGUCAACUUUGUGUUUCAGCACAAGGAUCUGCAGGACACUGGCAAGUUAAAAAUUGUGAGGAUAAAUAUUUUUACAUUUGUAAAAUAGCAGGACAGCUUGAAAAUGACACGUCCAAGGAGGAAUCAGACUGUCCAGGGGGAUGGGAGAGACAUGGUGGAUUUUGUUACAAAAUCGACAAUACCCCUCGAAGUUUUGAACAUGCUUCCAGUGGCUAUUACUGUCCUCCUUCACUUGUAACAGUAACAAACAGAUUUGAACAAGCUUUUAUCAACAGUAUGAUUCGUAGCAUGGUGGAAACUGAUAACACCUAUUUUUGGAUAGCCCUACAAGACCUUAACAAUACAGGAGAAUACUUCUGGCUAACUACAGAGGGGAAGAAUCAGCCUGUGAGCUAUACAAACUGGAACAAGCAUCAGCCACGCCAUUCUGGAGGGUGUGUUGUUGUUCGCAGAGGGCAGCCUCUUGGUUACUGGGAGGUGAAAAACUGUAAAAGCUUCAAAGCUAUGUCAUUGUGUAAGGAAAAAAUUGAAUCAUAUGAAGAAAACGAGCCUAAUUUUGAAGAACCUUUGGAUGUAUGUUAUCCUGGAUGGGAAUCAGAAUCUAAUCUGCUCAACUGCUAUAAGGUAUUUCACAAUGAGAAAGUCCUGAUGAAAAGAACAUGGGAUGAAGCAGAAGCAUUAUGCCAAGAUCUUGGAGCACAUCUUGCCAGCUUUACCCAUGUGUAUGAAGAGGAUUUUUUGAACACGUUUUUAAACAAAAUGUUUGAUCGGGCUGAAGAAAGACAAUUCUGGAUUGGAUUUAAUAAAAGAAACCCCUUGUCUGGAGGAACAUGGGAGUGGUCUGAUGGAACUCCUGUUGUAUCUGCAUUUUUAGAGAGCAUAUAUGUUGAAGAUGAUUCAAGAAAUUGUGCUGCAUACAAAGUAAAUAGAACAAUCCUGCCAUUGCAUUGCAAUGGGAAGCGUGAAUGGAUAUGCAAAAUACCAAAAGGUGUUAAGCCAAAGAGUCCACAGUGGUACAUAAAUGAACCACCAUGGUCUUAUUAUCAAGGAGCAGAAUACCUCUUUCAUAUUAGUGCCUCAGAGUGGACCAACUUUGAGUUCAUCUGUGGUUGGCUUCGUGGUGAAAUAGUCACAAUACAAUCUUCUAAUGAACAAGAAUUUAUUCACAGUAGAAUAAAACAGCUAUCAAAAAAUGACAUACGCUGGUGGAUUGGAUUGCACUCUGAAGUAUCUAGUGAUGGAUUUCGGUGGAGAGAUGGGUCACCAUUAGUAUAUGAGAACUGGAAUGAAGGAAAAGAAAGAUCUGUGGGUACACAAGAUGAAAGAUGUGGCUUCAUUUCAUCACAGACAGGACUCUGGGGUGAUGAAAACUGUACCAUUUCUCUUCCUUCCAUUUGUAAGCGUAAAAUUGUAUGGAUAAUAGAGAGAGAAAUUCUAAAAGACCAGAACCAGCAAGGAGUAUGUCCCAAAGGAUGGCUGUACUUUGGAUUCAAGUGCUUUUUGAUACAAAUUCCAAAGGAUCCAGACCACCUGAUGAACUGGUAUUCUGCCCAAACUUUCUGCAGUGAACAGGAUGGGUCACUAGCUUCUAUUGAAAAUGAAGUAGAACAAGCUUUCAUAACAAUGAAUCUGUUUGGACAGAAGACUAGUGUUUGGAUAGGGCUGCAGAGUGAUGAUUAUGAAAAAUGGGUGAAUGAACAUCCGAAGGUAUAUUCCAAUUGGUCUCCAGUUGAAGUAGUUCAUGGUCAGAGAUAUAACAGUGCUAAUAUUCAAGAACAAGUUCUGUUGUGUACCUUGGUAUCAAAUAACCCUAAUUUUCAUUUUACGGGAAAAUGGUACUUAGAAAACUGUCAGAAAAAUUAUGGUUUUAUCUGCCAAAAGACUCAAGAUACAUCCAAACAUGCCAUAGAUGCAUCUGAGAUGUAUCCAGUACCAGAUACUUUAGAAUAUGGAAACAGAACAUAUAAACUAAUACAUGGGAAUCUGACUUGGUUUGCUGCUUUAAAAACCUGCAUGGCAAAUGGAACUGAAUUGGUCAGCGUUACGGACCAUUAUCACCAAGCCUUCCUCACUGUCAUUGUAAACAGACUAGGAUACGCCCAUUGGAUUGGACUGUCUACCUCAGAUAAUGGGCUUAACUUUGAGUGGUCAGAUGGUACCAAGUCUUUGUUUACCUUUUGGGGAGACGAGGAGUCACAGUCACUGGGCAGCUGUGUUUAUAUUGAUAUUAAUGGGCAGUGGAAAAGUGCUAACUGUGAAAGACUUCUACAAGGAGCAGUUUGCCAUGUGCCAACUGAAAAGAAACUAAUUGAAUACAGAGGCUUAUGUUCAGAAAAAAAUGUCACCUGGAUAAAAUUUAGAAGCAAUUGCUACAGGUUUUCCACAGUUUUUGAGAGUACAAGUUUUGAUACAGCAUAUGAAUUUUGCAAAAAGCAAGGAUCUAAUCUUUUGACUAUUAAAGAUGAAGAUGAAAAUGCUUUCGUUCUGGAAGAACUGCGCCAUUUUGGUUCUUCUGUCCAAAGGAUUUGGUUGAACAUUCAGUUUGUUGUGGACAAUGACACAGUAAUAUGGAUUGAUGGUUCUCCCUUAAAUUAUUCAAACUGGGGCAUCAGGGAGCCUGACUUGGAUCAUCUCAAAGGGAAUUUUUGUGUUGCCUUGAGGUCCACAGAUGGAGUAUGGCAAUUAUCUCCCUGCAGAGAGAAAAAGGGAUUUAUAUGUAAAAUGGAUACAGAUAUCUUUGCCACAGUGCAAACAGUAAAAGCAUCACACAGUGGGAUCAUAGCUCUAGCUGUAAUGGUGACACUGGUGAUGGUGGCUGCUAUGUCUACAUUUCUGUGGUGCCUGUACAAAAAGAACAACAGUCUCUUCAAUAGAGUACGAUGGUUCAGAAAUCCAUGUUAUUCACAAAUGAACUCUGAAUAUCUAGCUGUGGAAGAAAGCAUCCUCAUUUCUGAUCUUGAGAGAAAUAGUGAAAAUUAAUGGUGCAAGAAGGACCAAAAUAAUUGCAUUUAAUACAGAUAAUACAAAGAAACUCUACAGAAUAGUUCAUUUUAUGAACUAGUUACUACCUAGGACCAAAUCACACCUCAGUUUUUUGCAAUGGACAAAAUGAAGAGUGGAAAAAACAUUCAAAGGAGCAAAUAUCUGUCAAAAAGAAGGGGAGUGAAACCUAAGUCCCCUCCCUCUGUUCCUGUGGUAGCUUCUCUGUGUGAAUUCUCUGCAAUAAGUCCUCUGCAGAUUUUUAGGAAGCACAAAUGGGCAGAGAGGGGUUAGAACCCUUGUGAGAGAACCUCGAAUUCUCCAGUUGCUUGAAGAUCCUCAGGGUAGGCCCACAGAUCUCAGGACCUGCAAAACCUCUUCUACUACAUGGGACAAUUCAACAGAAACCCUAUGGCCUGAAGGCAGCAGAGAUUUUUCACUUAGCUUUGUUCCUUCUCUGUAUUUUGUUGUUUUUUGUUGCAUUUUAUUUUACACAGGAGGAAAAUCUGGCCAUAAUUAACACUCAAUUUUUGCCCUGGUUUCAGGAAUUUAAAACCUAAUCAGAUUACUACAAUAAUCUUUUGCUCAAUACCCAGUUUUGUGCAAAGAGAAUGACACUAGUAUCAUUUUUCAGACAUAGGAAUACCCUAUGUAGAUUUCCAGCAUGUGGAGAAGUAGAGCCAUUCUUGGUUGGUCUGCUUGCCUGUUUUGUUUAGGGGUUUUUUGGUUGGUUGGGCUGGGGUUAGUUUUUUAUUUGGUUUAAUUUUGUUUGUUUGUUUUGCAAAUAUAAAAUUAUGGGGGGGGGGGGGAAUUGGGAGUGUCAGAAUUGACCAGUUCAGUCCACCAUUCCUACCUUAUUGUUAAAUUGAAAUACUUAAAACUUGCCAUGAUGUACAGACUUUGACUUCUUCACGUUGUUAGUAUAAUAACAGGAGUUACUCCAAGUUACCUGUUAAAGAUUAAACUUUGAGAUAACACACUUGUUGGGGGGGAGGGGGUUUCUGCAACAAACUAAGCACCUUGCUUUAAUCUUAUUUUUUUAGUCAGUGUCUGUAUGAAGAAACUGAUUAUAAUCAGUUUCACUCAAGCUAUGGUAAGAACUUCCUUUACUUUUCUCUUACAUAAGGAAUUACUGUUACACCACCUAAUUCUCAUAAUUACAGUUAGCACUAGCCCAGGACUAUAAGUGUUGAUUGUGUUUUCUGUGUUGAUUGUGUUUUCUGUUCUUCCUUGUAUUGAACUUCUGUUUCGAUUCCUCUAACUUGCUUUUCCUGGAUCACAGGCAUUUUGUAUUAUUCCUAAUCUGAAAAUUUGGUGAACACAUUUUCAUUCUGAUUCAUACUAAUAUUGAUGAUAUUGGCAAUUUGUUUCACUGUUGUUUCAGCUGGAAAGUUAAAAUAGUGUACAAAAAAAUAAUGCUCUUCUGUAGUUUUUUUCCUCCUUAAUCUUUUUCAUUUUAAAAUUGUGUUUGAGCCAAGUUCACCAUUGACAGAAGCAGGCACAAAACACUGACUGCAAUUAAAUCACACCUAUUUCA